AUCUGAAAAGCAUUUUCAUGGCCUCCAUGUAUUCUCCCCAAGUGAUUAUGACGAUGUUGUCGCAUACAUUGCUAGAGAGAGGGUGUGGAAACUAGAAAGAGAGACAAAGGUCAAACUUUGGCAACACAGACACUAUAUAUUGGCAUAGGCAUAAUCAUUUCGUGGCAAGCAAACAACAUCAGAGCAACAGCACCUACCAUAAGGGGGAAAAGCUGCAUGGCAUGCUUUUUCCACUGUUGUUUGUUAUAUAUCAAGUGAAGGAGAGAUCGUAGCUGUGGAGCACGAAUAGGGGAUUCUGUGAAGACCCUUUUGGUUUGGAAGGUGGAAAGUAAAGGUCUUUGCAGAGAAGGAAAAAUGGGUAGUUGUGGAAGGGAAGGUGUUGUGAGACAGUAUAUAAGAUCAAAAGUCCCUCGUUUAAGAUGGACCCCUGAACUCCACCGUUGCUUUGUUUAUGCCAUUGAGACUCUUGGAGGUCACCACAAGGCUACUCCUAAGCUUGUUCUUCAAUUGAUGGAUGUUAAAGGGCUAACAAUUUCACACGUCAAAAGCCAUUUGCAGAUGUACAGAAGCAUGAAAGGUGACUCCUGCAAACAAGCUGAUAGGACUUCCACCCAACAUAGAAAACAAUCUUUUCAGGAGCAUGAUGAUGGAUGUGUUGAUGAAGUGAGUGAUGUUGGUUUUCACUCUUGCUUAAAAUCCAUUGGAAAAGAAUCUGAUUCCCUCUCCACCUGCAGUAAUUUCUCCUCAAAAAGAGCUAGAAUCGAGAAGCAAAGUUUACUCUCAGGAAUCCUACAAUGCAGCCAAAGAAUAUGUGAAGCAGUUCCAAAUCCAUACACUACUUUUUAUGAUUACCUGCAGAGCAUGGCUGAGCAGAAGGUAAUAAAGAAGAUUUGUGUUGCUUCAAUGUGGCAGACUCAACCCCUUUCCACAACCUUUCCUAUGCUCCCAAAGCAAGAAUCAGAUUUUCUCCAGGUUGAGAAAUUAAAUGAGAAACAGGCUUUGAAUGAUGUUGGGAACACUUGGAGAGUACGAGAACAUGAUGAAGACAUAGGACUAGGAGGUUGUGAGUUGUCACUGUCGAUCUCAUUGCCACAACCCCAUCCUUCUUCUCAGAAAAGUAAUGGUUCUUCUUCAGUGAGUGAGACCAGUGAGGCAUUUUCAUUGUGCCCUGAGAUUAGCAACAAAUGCAUGGGCUGUUCUAGUUCUUCCAAUGUCCCAAACAGGAUUAAUUUGGACCUAUCUUUGGCCAUUUGAAUGUUACCUAGGAUUCACAAAUGAAAUGUUCCAUCGUAUUAA